GUCGUCUUCUCUACAGCAGCCACCUACCUGCAAGAGACAGGAAUGUGAGAACUUCAGACUCCGCUCACCACAUUGUUCUCGGGACCGUCAUCCCAAGAAGAUGACUUCCUCACCUCCAGGUCUGCGCCUCGUCCUUACCGUAUAUUUGGAGAAAUGAUGAAAUGUCGCAGCACUGCUGACAAUCGCUACAUAUAAACCUGUUGUUCACCAUGGAAACAUUGGCGCCAGCUCCUUGGAGAGGCCAAGUCCUAUUGUGCAUGGCGGUCACUUUAUCCCUCGCGAUGAGCUUGGUGGAGGGAGACAGUUCAUCAUGUACACCUAAAAUAGACAUGGCAGGACAACAAAACAUUGGCACUCCACUAGGACAAUAUCUUAUCUUGAAGUGCCAGGUGCGGCUUUGUCGAGCGGGAUUACCCAAUGUUACUUGGUGUAAAAUAAGCGGAGAUCAGUGUGAUUCUGUGAGAUCCGGAGAAGGGAUCCAUUCUGCUAUGGAGGAACAGGGAGAAGGCCGAGCUGUGUAUGUCCUGGAGUUUGUGUCCAUACAAAUGAACGACACUGGAUAUUAUCAAUGUAAAGCCAUCACUGAGGACAAGAUGCAGAUAGUGGGCAGCACCGUACAGGUUGUUAUAUCUGCAGAAAAUGUGGUUGAAAAUGUGACCGCGGUAAACAACACAAAAACAGACAAUACUACAGGUUCUACUGAUACGUUUCCGAUUUUUAAGUGGCUGUUAUAUAUUAUACCGUCCAUGGGAGGAGUCUGUAUUCUUAUUAUCAUCGUCUCAUUGGUAAUUUACUGUCAAAAACAUUUGAAAGCAAAGCAGAGUUCAUCCCACCAAGAACCUGCGCCUACUGAAGAGCUUCAAUUUGUAGCCGUGCCAGGAAGUCCGAAGUGCAAGAUAGAAGGGGGCACUCAAAUUCCAAUGGACACAUAUUCAAAUAUUGAGGUCACAUAUGACAAUGCCCAUUUGGGUCACAAGCCCACCACGCAGAAAGAUUCCGUUACAGAAGAAGAAGACUCCAUUGUCUACGCUGAUCUAAACUACAACGCCAAACAGACCGGUUUUAAUUUUGAGGACAACUGGGAGGUGGAAUACGCCACAGUCCAUCUGAAUGAUAAAAUAACAUGUAACCAAUGAGAUGAGGACUGUUAUACGUGUUACAGACGUCCUUGCUUCUCUACCACCUAUAUUUUUAGACAAUGAGGUUAGACAUGUUGGGGGAGAUUUAUCACAACCUGUCCAGAGGAAAAGUUGUUGAGUUGCCCAUAGCAACCAAUCAGA